CACCGUCAGAGGAGCAGGGAGAGCUCCCACCUGUGGUCUGCAAGAAUUCGAUUCAUCAACAACCGAGAGAGGGCGACAAAUCGUGCACUUGUGUCGUGGCUGUCGCGGGAUGGCUGUGUGGCUGUUUGCCGUCCUCUUGGUGCCCUGGGCGGCUGUCGAUGGGUUCGUAGGACCACCACUCACACCACUGCAGCCGCAGACGCCGCCAACGUCACGCAUCAACCGACUCAGAGGACGUAAGCCAACACUAACACACACAGACAGAUCUCGCGGUUGGGUGAGCAUCACUCGUGAAUUGAUGUGUGUGUUUGUGUGUUUGUUUGUCUGUGAGUCUGUGCAGGGCGGUGCGUUGCCCUUAUGAGCAGUGGACCGGUUGGUCUGUUGGAUGGCUGUGCCGUUUAUGAGGACGGCAAGGGUGGCUAUGCGUUGGAGGCGGCUGGCCAGCGGUUGCCCAUCGAGCCAUCAUUCCACUCACACAUCAAGUUCUGCAUCAAACAGCACCGGUGAGCGACCUACAGACACAGCCAGGUCUGCUUUCAACCCCGACUUGGUGUUGGUUGUCAGGUCGGCUGUCGGCAGCGAGAAAGGCCAAGAGGAGAAGGACUCCGACGGCGAUCAGCCACCACCGGCGGCCGGAGCAAGGGCAACAGCGGAUGAAGGGGCGGCGGCCGGCAAAGGUGACGACACGACUGACGAUGGCCUCGUGGGACAUUCAUUGGACCCUCGACUUCGUUACAAGGUGGUGCAUCAGGGCACUGGCAAUGCGCCCACAAUGAACUCGACAGUCAAAGUGGGCCUUACUGUGUGGCGGGAUGCCUUCCACGGCAACCACACCUUGUGCGAUGUCCGUGUGGCGGAGUUUCCUGUGCCGGAUAUUGCUGAUAUUAGUGAUAUUGCUGAUAUUGGUGACGAAUUCCGUGACGAGUUGCUGUCGAUGCGUGAGGGCGAGGUGAGGCGAUACUUCCUACCAGUCAACGGGAAUGAGGGCGUCUUUGUGGAAGCUCGGUUGGUCAGCGUCUUAGAUGGGACCCGGUGAGCGCAGAAGCACACAGGUCGACGGGUGUGGUGCAGCCCUGUCUUUCAGGCCGCCUCCUGCCGGCGUCGGGAGAGGGUUGUUCAAGGGUGGCUUUCCAGGUCCACCCCCAGCUGGCGCAACUUAUGAGGUCGUCAGGGAGGGCACCGGCAAUGUGCCUACACUCAACUCAACCGUCAAACUGGGCCUCACUGUCUGGCGGGAUGCCUUCGAUGGUAACGACACCUUCUUCGAUGCUCGGGAGUGGGAGAGUUCUGUGCUUGUGGAUGAUGAGUUGCUGUCGAUGCGUGAGGGCGAGAUGAGGCGAGCCGUCCUGCCGGCCGACGACCAUGAGGGCGCCUUUGGGGAAUGUCGGUUAGUCAGCGUCUCCAAUGGGGCCCGGUGAGCGCACAAAGACAACACUGAGUGGGUGCUGCCCCUCUCUGCUACUCUUCUCGUCUAAUACAUUGUCGGUGUGUCCUUUCAGGCCGCCCCCUGCCGGCCAUGAGAGAAGCCGCCCACCCUCACCGCCCGCAGCAGCAGGAGCAGCAGCAGCAGCAGUUGACGAGACAGCGGACAGCAAAGACGGCACCAGCGGUGAUGUGCUCUUUCGACUCUACCCCUCUGGCGCCUAUCAUCAAGUGGUGCGACCGGGCAGUGGACCUAAACCGACACGCAACCAGCGGAUCAAGGUCGACCGCAUCAGGUGGAAUGACGACUUCGAUGGAGAGGACAAGAUAGGCGAGUACCGUGGGGAUGUGAGGCGUGUGUCUGAGUGGGAUGAGUGGGUCCAGGAGGCCCUCACGGACAUGCGUGUGGGUGAGGUGCGGUGCGUCAUCGCCCCAGGCAGACUGAGACCAAAUUUUGGAACGAACACUAUGUACGCUGAGUACACGCUGGUGGCCAUUUUGUGAGUGAGCGAUUGAGUCUGCCUGACUGUCUGGUUGAGAUUGCUUGGCCGUGGCAAGGAGCGAUACUGCCCGUCCCCAUGUGUGUGGGUGUGCGGGGUUUGGGAUGUGUAAGGUGUUCUGGCCUUCACUGCUAGGUGGCUGCAAUGGCUGACCUCUGUAUACAGUCGACUGACUGACUGACUGAGUGGAUGACUGACACAGAUGGGGUGGUCCAUCAGGUGGGGGAUUGGUCGUAUGUGAUUUGUGACGCGGGAGGGAAGGAACGAAUCGAUGGAUGAGUGAAUGCAUUGCAAAACCA